AUGCUCGCCACAACAUCAUUGCGGGCAUCUCGGCUGGGGGCGAUUGGCCACGGAAGACUAUUGAUGGUGGCUGAGAGUGAGCUGGCGGCGCUUAGAUCCACAAGCACCAAGCCGCGCGUGGAGAAAAGCAACUGGAAGCAUAAUGUCGUCUACCUCUACCAGUUCCCCCGUACGCCAUACUUGCCAAAUCCGUCGCCAUAUUGUCUAAAGAUUGAGACCUAUCUCCGGGUCAAUAAUCUGAAAUACGAGCUCAACGGAGAGCAAAUCUCCGAUUCACAAAUCAUUCUGUGGCGGCUGGCAAAACUAUUCGAGAUUCAGGACCCUGUCAGCGGCCAUGAACGUGGCACGGCUAGAGCAAUCGAGAGAAUGUUGGAUAUGAGCACUGUCAAUUCACUAAAUCACGAUCGAAUGGUCAAGCACGCACACCUGACGUUGGCGAGAAAUGUCUCCGGAGUGCCAUUGCCCGCCUUCGCGAGCAAUUUUCUAGCUACCCGUUUCGCCAAGAAGGCCCAGUCCAUGAUCAACAGAAAAACGGAUCGGCUUUCCGCGGAGGAGCUGAAAGAAAAUUUGAAAAGAGAUAUCCAGGCCGUCGCUGAUGUUCUCGACACCAAGAAGUUCUUGUUCGGGGACCGGAUGACAAUCGCUGACUGCACGGCCUUCGGCCACCUCGGGACUUCGUAUUUCUUACCCUUCCGCCAGCACAUCACCGACCUGCUCGACGAUGACCACCCCCGCGUCAAGAACUACCUCGAACGUAUAAGGGCGCACUAUUGGCAAGACUGGAAGCUGCCCGAAUAU